UUGAGGGACUGUUUGAUGCAUGUGUUGUGUGAAUUAUGAAAUAAAUUACUCCUAGAAUCUCUCAAUCAUAAGACUUCGUCGGCUGUGCAUGGCUACUUCACGCCACAAAUGCUGAAAUUUGAACUACUGAGUCCACUGACAUGCCUCGUGACAGCUGCCGGCCCCAUGGCGAGAAUGUAGGUCACAGUGGGUCUCCACGUUGUGACUUAUAACUGAGUGCACACGCAAGGCGGAAGAAAAGCAAUGUCUUGGUUUCCUGAACGUGGUGAACGUUCCUGGUUAAGAAAAUUCUGCACACGUGUACUGAAAACAGGUCCUAUACCCAAGCAUGUAGCAAUCAUCAUGGAUGGUAAUAGGCGAUUUGCUGUGAAAAACAGCAUGGCCAGAGCUGAGGGACAUCUUAAAGGAUUUGACAAGCUAACAGAGACAUUGGAAUGGUGUCUGGAUUUAGGCAUCAUGGAGGUCACAGUUUAUGCCUUCAGCAUAGAAAAUUUUAAAAGAUCAAAGGAAGAAGUUGAAUGUUUGAUGGAACUGUCUCGCAAGAAGUUUGCCAAGCUGAUGGAAGAAAAGGACCUCUUAGAGAAGCAUGGUGUAUGUAUUCGUGUUUUGGGAGAUUUGUCCUUACUGCCUCAGGACCUUCAGGAAACUAUAGCUGAGGCUGUCAUCUUGACAAGGAACAACACCAGGGCACGAUUGAAUGUAUGUUUCUCCUACACGUCCCGUAAUGAGAUUUGCUGUGCAAUGAGGGACGUCAUAGAAGGGGUUCGAAUUGGACUUAUCAAGGAAAGUGAUAUAAGUGAAGAUGUUCUGGACAGAUGCAUGUAUACAGCACCUUCUUCCAGCCCUGACCUUCUUAUUCGUACUUCAGGGGAAGUGAGGUUGUCAGAUUUCUUAUUGUGGCAGGCAACCUUCAGUGUGUUGUCCUUUGUUCAGGUGUUGUGGCCUGACUUCAGCAUAUGGCAUCUGUAUGCUGCUAUAUUACAUUACCAACGAAAUCAUCAUGAUGUAAAGAUGGUGGAGAAGAGAAACAAAGAUAUUGAUCAAUCAUUGGUACAUGAUUCUGAUGUGAUGAGUACCCAGGAGUUGACGUCAAACACAAACCUGGAGAAACCACCUGUAUCGGAUUUCCACAACAGUACUCUAGACGACAGGAUAGAGGGCUAUGUUCAUUUACGAAAACGUAGAAUACAAACAUUCUUGGACCAUGUGCAUAGUGAACGAAGCCGUGUAAUGGAGGACACGUUAGGCCAUGCUAGGACGUGUCCAAAACUCUCUGAACCGGCAGGGUAACGUGGGGCACACACAACAAAAUCUCAGUCACAAGGAAUUAGUUUGUGUUUUAUUUUAAGCAGAAUAAGGUAACAUGCUUGUGUUUUGGUUAUUUAGACUGUUUUCAGGACAUUUUUCCAGUACAUGACAUGGUGAGGAGCUCUCCUCCCAUCUCCACCUGACUACAGUCAGAAAAAAAGAGAGAAAGUACAGACGUAGUUUGUGUCAUACCACGAGGAUUUAUGUCAGUGUCCAUUAACAGGUAAUGGAAUGGUAAGAUAAAUGUUAUGGUGGUACCUCAAAGGCUACUGCACAUACGGUGAAUGACCUAAAGUUUCAUACAUGAGUUACUGUCGUUUACUUUCGCUCGAUCUGAGUUGGCGUAAAGAUGACAGAAGAGAGUGAUUAGCGCCCCCCCCCCCCUCCCAUUUUAUUACCCUGUAUGACACUUAGAAGCUCUGGCUGCCUAUACUCGCAACAUGGGGUCAAGUCACUCACACUGAGGUGUGCAGGGCCGUGACCAUGUAAUUCCAAUUUAGUAUGUCAAUCUACACACACAUUUUGUUUCUUUACAGUCGGAACUGUCCUCGUAUUGCAGAAGAGUUCCUGCUCCCGCGUGUUCAUAUCGGGAACCUCCAUUAAACACAGAAAACAUAUGCCACACAAGAUUUACUUUCCCCCCUUUUCGGUAGCAAUGUGUGCAAGUCUGGAAUAUCUGUUUGAGUUGUUAUCACAUUAACAUGUCCACACAAGAACGUCACAGGUUUUAUAAACAAAAUAUUUUAUGAUUUCCUGUAUAGGCUUACAGUUUUGCCCAGAUGUGAUUUACAUGUCACCAGCAACAGAUCAGAUUAUUGUUCUGCCUUUCUUCAGCAGAAAUCAUGUGAUCAUUUGGUAGACACAUGGAAAUUGAUAAUUCCAUUGAUAAUGUAGAUAAAAUCAAUCUGUAUGACUAAAAUUUCAUCUGACGGGACUUGAUUAAAUAUGAGGUAAAUUAAGUAUUCAUGUUUACGAAAUAUGUGCGGAAGUUGACAGUGUUUCAAAUUACACCAGAAUGAACAAGAAAUGUUUAGCUGCAGCAGUGCAAACGCGCGUGUCAGUGUCGCUUUGAUUACAAUUCGACAUCUUCACCUCGUCUGCUAUUGGGCCUAGCUUGCAAGUAUGGAUUUGCACUACGCUCAAUUCUGCUACAGCUUUGUAUACGGAGAGCCCUCCAGUUUAAGAACAGAUAUUUGACACUCCACAUGCGGAAAGGUACUUCGUAAUCACGCCUAAUCUCCACAAAGUUUUUUCCCAAAUUCGCAUUUAUUACAAAAUAACGAUAAUAAAACAACCAACCUGUUGCGAAGUGCACGUACUAAACUUAUUAUGAUUAAAACUGAGGAAAACAUGAACUGUUGGUGGUAGGAGCAUAGAAUAACUGCUUAGUGAAGCGUGAGCUUGUUUAUUACAUUCUUGAAGUGUCGGGUAUAAUCCUCUGACCACCCCUGAUGCUCUCCCGCGGCGCUCAGCCAGUAACAACCACCACCAAUGCAAUGGUGGGCCUCCAUGGCUCAGUUGGUUAGCGCGCUAGCGCAGCGUAAUGACUUUCACCAAUGGAGUCUUUCAUCAAUGUGGUCGCUGUGAGUUCAAGUCCAGUUCAUGCUGGCUUCCUCUCCAGCCGUACGUGGGAAGGUCUGGCAGCAACCUACGGAUGGUCAUGGAUUUCCCCAGGGCUCUGCAGGGUUUCCACACACCAUAAUGCUGGCCGCCGUCGUAAAACACCAAUCAAAUAAAUAAAUAAAUAAAUAAACCAAUGCAAUGAAUCCUGGGACACACUUUCCGAGUCCCAGGGUGAAACUUUAGGCCAUUUACCAAACUGAACUGAUGUUUUGCGUACAUUUAAAGCACAAUACUGUGAGAGGAAUGUUCUGUCGUUGAUUAUCUGCAUGCAUAUGGAUUACAGUAAAUUACAAAAUUCACUACCUUCAAGUUUGUGUAUUUAAAUCGAUGCUACAGUAAAUGUGUUAGCACUUUAUAUAUUGAGCAUUCAUGUGUCUCCUGCAGACAGGUUCUUUGGAAGUCUGACCAGAUCUAUCUUUCACAGGUAUGCAUCAGGGUUUGACAGUUCAGGUUUAGUUCAUUACAGUAAAAUUUUCUCUUUAUGUUGUUGUUGUUGUGUUAAAUUGGCCUUUAUGUGUAUUAUCUGAUAUUAAUUUUACAUUGUUAAGAGCAAAAUAAUACAUGUCUUCCUGUGGAUGGGAUUAAAAAUGGAUGACAACAGCAAUUUAUUUUCAAAUAAGUUAGAGCAUGGAUAUAUACAUAUCAAGUGCAAGUGAUGAAUAAUUACUAAAUUACUGGCUGCUUUUUUUUUUAAAAUUAUGUGCAAUUAGUGGUUUGUUUUUUUUUUCAUGUAAUAUUUUGGUGAUGAGACAAGGUCUGGGGGUGUUGGUGCACAAAGUCUGUGUUUUGAAUAAUCAGUGUAAUUGUUAUGAUUUGAUUAUAUGAAUACGAGAAUGUUGAAACUUUGAAUGAAACUGUAAUAGCCUGUUUAAAACAUUCUGACAAAAGGCAACUUUUCAUGAGAUGCCCAGUAUACACAAGUAGCAGGGAGGUGCCACUGUGCUGUCCAUUGUGACACUGGGACCACAUUUUUUUACAUUGAAAAAAAUUUCUAUAUAACUUUAUGCAAAAGACAGAUGGGCUCAAAAUCUUUUCUGGAGUAUUAACUAUGAGCAGUGUGGAGGUACAUUUUAAGUUGUUUAGCGUUCAACAGUGCUGCAGUCAUAGAAACUGUAGUAAAGACCAAAAUUCAUUGACCGACAUGGUUCAAAUAAUAUGCGCAUAUGUUCUACUUACAACAAGGAACCCGGGUGUAUUUUCACUGGAGCAUGUCUCAUUGUCAAAUCUUGUAGAAAUUGCUGGCAUUUACUGGAUGUCUGCUAAUGUUGCAUCAAGAUCUUAUCAUGGAUUCAUUCUCAUCUUGACCAGAGUUAUAUCAAACAAUGGCAUAGCAGUAAUGUUUUUUUGCUGUAGGUAAGGAUCCGAUUUGUAUAUUCAGCUAUUUGUAUUAUAAAGAUUGGAGACAUUCAUAUAUAUGUUACAUAUAGGCGUGUUGAAUUCUUAUAAUUCAGGUUCUUGGAAAGAAGUUAAAAUGUAUUCCUAAUGUGUAUAUUGUUGUGUAUAUAAGUUUAUCUGGUCAGGUGUAAUAUUUCAGAAAUAAGCGAUUGCUUGUGUGGAUACAUCGCACCACUCCAUGUGUGGGGGAAACUCUGGAUGUGGGUACUAUUUGAGCAUAUAUGGCCGUAUGGUUCACAUGGUGGACACUUCCCGUAUCAGUGUGAUUUGAUUUAUAAUGGCAAAUAUUGUUCAUUUCUAUUUCUAUAUCACAGUAUCACAAAUAUUCCACGUUACCAUAAUGAGGGAUACGUGAAAAGAACCUCUGAGACAAAUAUUACGUUUUUAUGGGAAAUGAAAAAAUGGUCAGCCAUGCCAAACAAAAUUUUGUUUUCAUUAUUGAGGGUUAUUUUAUGUCUCUUAAUAAACUCUGUAUUUUAUGAACCUUUUCCGUGGUUGGAAAUUUUUCCUUAAACCAGGAAAAAAGUUUGAAAAUACAUGUACCUGUUACCAACAGGGUUAGCAUUGGUCAUUCCUAACCCAUCAAAGGAACCUUGUGAUCCAAACCAUUUAUGCUGUGGGGAGAGGAAACAAAACG